UCUUACGAAAGCAGUCGCAUGCGACGGCUCCGCAGUUGAAGAGCUCAAUAAAACCCUCUCCAUUCCUCAUUGGACAUGGCCAAAUUCUCUGAGUAAUGUUCCUCUCACUUCUUCGUGCUCACCGGAUCGUGGGAAACCCGCCGGCUUGCCCUUAAUUUUGUUUUUUUUUUUUCUUUAAUUACGAGAACUUUUGGUUAAACAGCGGAAAUCCCCGCUGAAAUUUCCAACAAUUUUUGUUUUUUUUUUUAGAUUUUCCAUUGUAGUUUGGCUUAGGGUUUCGCCAUUUUAGUGCCAGAUUUAGGGAAUCAUCCCCUUCCUCUCCACCUCCUACACUUUAUUUUCCAUGUCUUCUCCGAUUCCGACGGCGAUGGCAACGUCGUAUUGGUGCUACAGCUGCAGCCGCUUCGUUAGGGCUUCGCCCAGUGAAUCCAUCUCAUGCCCCGACUGCCACGGCGGAUUCCUUGAAGUGAUCGGCAAUGCUCUUCCGGCUCGUACCGGAGCUCCAAGCGGCGCUCUCCGCCGCAACCGCACAACUUCCUCCAGCGAUGAGUCCUUCCCCACCGCUCGCCGUGUCGAUUUGGGGUCUCGGCGUAACCGCCGUGCCUCCGUUGGCCACGGCUCUCCGUUCAAUCCCGUCAUUGUGCUCCGGGGCUCGGUUGCCGACGUUGACGCUUCGCACUCCAACGAUGGUAGCAACAGUUUUGAGUUUUUCUAUGAUGAUGGCGCAGGCACGGGACUCCGCCCGCUGCCCCAGAGCAUGUCAAAUUUUCUCAUGGGAUCCGGCUUUGAUGAGCUUCUUGAUCAAUUGACGCAGAUCGAAAACAGUCCUAUGGGUGGUGGGAGGAGCUACGAGAACACUCCGGCAUCAAAGUCGGCCAUUGAAUCAUUACCCACAAUUACGAUCACUGAUAACCACAUCGUCACGGAUUCCUACUGUGCAAUUUGCACGGAGGCGCUAGAGCUCGGGGACGAAGCUCAGGAGCUUCCUUGCAAACAUAUCUUUCACCAAGAUUGCAUUCUUCCAUGGCUGUCGUUGAAGAACUCUUGUCCUGUUUGCCGGCACGAACUGCCUACUGAUGUUGAAAGAAGGGGCGGGGAUGUUACAGGGCAGGCUUUGAUGGGCAAUGAGGAUAACUCGGCUGGACUCACGAUUUGGAGGCUUCCUGGUGGUGGUUUUGCGGUGGGUAGGUUUAAUGGUGCCAGGAGGGCUGGAGACCGAGAGCUUCCCGUGGUUUACACUGAGACGAACAGUAGUUUAAGUUCCGUUGGAGUGCCAAGAAGGAUUUUGUGGUCUUCCAGAAGGAGAAGAUCAAGAGAACAUCGAGGAGUUGGUCGAAUGUUUCAUAACUUCUUCUCCAUGUUUCGCUGCUUUAGCCCUUCUUUGCCCUCUUUUUCGUCUUCAAGAUUGAGAUUGCCUUCUGCAUCUGAAGAAUCACAAAGUUAGAGUAGCACAACAGUGCUUGGUCGAUUGGAGAACUGAAUUGAGACAAGAUCGAGAAGGAAUACGUAUGGAUAAAGAAGAAAAAUUGCCUUUUUUUAUCUUUCUUUUCAGAUUUGAUGGUGUUUAAAUAAUACCAAGAUUCAAAUACCUUAUUGCAUACUUAGUUAUCUUCAAUUUUGUAAAUAGAGAAGCAGAUUCCCCCGUGGCUUCAGCGCUGUUGUGAUUGAUGUCAUCGCGGUUUGAUCAGAGUUUAAGAUCUUGCAGGUGCAUGAAUUCUUAAUAUGUUAGUCUUCAUGUUUAUUUAUCUCUUGUUAAAAUUUCUUUAUUUUGUA